ACUUGAAGAAACAAAACGUUGUCAAUGGAUUCUUUGGCUAGCAUUUUCAAUCAAGCUAAGCCAUUUUUGGCUGUAAUCUUUUUGCAGUUUGGGUAUGCAGGCAUGUGUAUAAUUUCUAAGUUUGCUUUAAACCAAGGCAUGAGCCAGCAUGUCUUGGUAGUCUACCGGCAUGCCAUUGCCACUCUUGUCAUUGCUCCUUUUGCCAUUGUUUUGGAUAGGAAAGUAAGGCCAAAAAUGAACCUGUCUAUCUUUGUUAAGAUACUGUUACUAGGCUUAUUAGAGCCAACAAUUGACCAGAACUUGUACUACACUGGAAUGAAGUAUACUACAGCAACCUUUGCAUCUGCCAUGUGCAAUGUUCUUCCCGCAUUUGCAUUUAUGAUGGCCUGGGUCUUCAAGCUUGAGAAGGUUAAUAUCAGAAAAUUACAUAGUCAGGCAAAGGUAUUGGGGACUAUUGUGACUGUUGGGGGAGCAAUGCUAAUGACUCUGAUUAAUGGACCAAUGUUGCCUUUGCCAUGGAUAAAAUCAAAUAGCCAACAUGAGUUUUCAAUUGCUGCAGCUCAUCAAGAUCCUAUAAAAGGUUCUCUCAUGAUCACCAUAGGCUGUAUCUGCUGGGCAAGUUUCGUCAUUCUACAAGCAAUUACGCUAAAAUCAUACCCUGCUGAGCUCUCCCUAACAGCGUUAAUCUGCUUUGUGGGCACCAUUGGAGGAAGCAUAGUAGCUCUAGCAAUGGAAGCUGGCAAUGCUACAGUCUGGUCUAUACAUUUGGAUGUUAAGCUCUUAGCUGCAGCUUACGGUGGAGUGAUCUGUUCUGGAAUUACUUAUUAUGUUCAAGGAGUGACAAUGAAAACUAGAGGACCUGUUUUUGUGACUGCUUUUAAUCCUCUAAGCAUGGUUAUUGUUGCAAUUUUGAGCACCUUCGUCUUAUCUGAAAUACUGUACUUAGGAAGGGUCAUUGGAGCAAUUGUAAUUGUCAUUGGCCUCUAUCUGGUUUUGUGGGGUAAGAGCAAGGAUCAACCUUCAUCAAAUCAUAACAUCAAAAUGGAAGUAUCAAAUGAUCAGAAAAUGACUGUCAUGGAUGAGAAAACAAUAGUUUCAAUUCAAGAUUGUGUUGUCCUGGAUUUAACCUGCAGCAAAGUGACACCUACUGAUGAGUCUGUUUGAGGAACCGAAUCGAAUACGAAAAUCACAGCAAAUAACUGCUAAUUAAGGAUCUGAUCAGUUUUUUUUUCUACAUAAAACUAGUUUCAUGCAAUCUGAGCUCCUUCAGAAUGUGUUUCUUCUUUUUUGUUAGUUUCAAUAGAGUGUUAAAGAGAUUAAGCUAAUGAAUGGCUAUGGAAAAUGAAACAUCAGUCUUGGGAUCUAUAUUGGCCUGGAUUGAUUCUUCUUUUGUAUGUAUUAUGACUUUAAAUCAGGAAUUUGAGUCAAACGUCAAAAUAAAUUCUUGCAAAAUGCCAAAACG